AUGCCAGCCCGUAACAUCCAUAUCAUUUUCAUACACAAAGGCAGAUCCUCUAAAUCAUUUACUUCCACCGAAAUAAAAUUUUCGUCAGCUAACCUACACGUGUCAACCCACACACACAUUAAUAUACAUACAGUAGCAUUAAAUCUCUUCCUCAAAUUUCUUCUCUGGUUUCUAGCCGCGCAUUUUUAUCUUCGGUUCAUCAUUCUUUCUUUCGUUGACUUUCGUGAUGAAUCUGAAUCUCUCUCUCUCUCUCUCUCUCUCUCUCUCUCUCUCUCUCUCUCUCUCUCUCUCUCUCACACACUUUCUUAUAUAUAUAUAUAUAUAUAUAGAGAGAGAGAGAGAGCUCUCUCCAUUUAUCUAAACUCUAUGUCUCUAUCUACCUCCCUGUCUAUACAAGGUCCUAAUCUGACACGAACUGUAUCUCUUUCUUGUUCCUCAUCCUCACCCCUCUCUCUCUCUCUCUCUCUCAUUCUGUCUGUCUGUCUGUCUGUCUGUCUGUCUGUCUGUCUCUCUCUCUCUCUCUCUCUUUCUUUGACUUGUCUCUCUUUCCUCUCUUUCACUUUUGAAUUUCUCUCUCUUACUUUAGCAUUUUCUCACCUUCUUCCCCCAAUCUAUCUAUCUAUCUAUCUAUCUAUCUCUUUUCAGGGUUCCUUCUCUAUCUCUCCCCAAUUCUUUGUCUUUCAGGUUUCUCUUUCUCUUCCCUGA